AUGACCGUCGUUCCCUGCAAAUCGCUUUGCCUCGCAACACUCCUCGCGGCAAGAGCCGUUGCCGACGACGCGUUUCUUGCCGGGUACAAGUCCUGCGACGACGUCCUGAAGCCCGGAGGAAUGGAAGAAGAAAGUAGCGGUUUCGUCCCGUUGAAAUGGAAAGAGGAAAUUCUCGACGAGUAUAUUGUUCCUGUUAGUUACAGGACCUUCUCAGACACGUGGGAUCGGAUUCACAUAGUUUCCGGUGCCCGGAAGAAGUUCCGCCCUUACUCACUGAGAGUGGGAACAGCAGGAAGGCUCGAUGGAAGUCUUGAGCGCGCCCUGUGCAACUUUAUUCUGUCUCAGUCGACAGACGUGUUCGAGCACAGCUAUCAGCCAGUCCAGGUUGCGGCCAAGCUACCUGAGAUAGCGUACGGCGAGAGCGCUAAGCAAGACGAGGCACUAUGGUCUGCGGUAUCAAAUGCAUUGAUACAGCGGGAUGGUAAGGCGCCCAUCCACAUCACGCAGGAGGAUUUGAGCCAGCUGGAGACAAGGCAAGACAUGCAGGAGCUACGUAGACAGGCUACGGGCGGCACGGUUGUCUACUGCCCACCUGCAGACCCGGUCGGCUACUAA